AUGGAAACAUCCACCCUCCUCCUCCUCACCACCCUCACCAUCCUCCUCCUCCCCUUCCUCCUCUCCCCCAAGGCCACCCACAUCCUCAAACACAACCUCAACCUCCUCCGCCACCACCACCCCAAACCUACCACCAUCCACUCCCUCUACAUCUAUCCCAUAAAAUCCUGUCGAGGGAUCCGUCUCCCCCAGACAACCCUACACAAGCACGGCCUCUCCCUCGACCGCCGCUGGAUGUUCAUCGACGCAAAAACCAACCAAUUCCUCACCAUCCGACAAGACUCGCGCAUGACGCUCAUCACAACAGCCCUCUCCGCGGACUCCUCCCACCUGCUCAUCUCCAUCCCCUCUUUCUCCAAGGACAAGGAAAUUUCCCUCCCGACAAACCCUACUCCCGAUUGGCUCGCGCAACAUACUACACUCGAACACGUCACGAUCUGGGACACAGUAACAGAUGCCUAUGCGUACGGACCUGACGUCAACGCUUUCUUCAGUGAUUUUCUCGGCCGAGAGGUGAAGCUAGUGUAUAAGGGCCCUGAGCGCCGCAUUUUGCGCGGGAACGGCGCCCCCGAGAUUCUGGGUAGAGAGCAGGAUACUUAUUUCCCGGAUGUGCAUCCGGUGUUGAUUGCUUCGGCGGCGUCGAUUGAGGAGUUGAAUGCGAGAUUGGUGAAGGGUGGGAAUGAGGCUAUUACUAUUGAGAGGUUCAGGCCGAAUAUUGUGGUUACGGGGGAUGUGCCGUGGGAGGAGGAUUCGUGGAAGGUCGUGCGGAUUGUAGGGAAUGAUAAGGAUGGGAAGAGGGGAGAUGGGGCAGUGGAGUUGGAUGUCGUGGCUCGGUGCGCGAGAUGUCAGGUUCCGAAUGUUGAUCCUGAUACCGCGGAGAAGCAUCGUCGGCAGCCGUGGGAUACGCUUAUGAAGUAUCGGCGUGUGGAUGAGGGAAUUAAGUUCAAGCCUUGUUUUGGGAUGUUGAGUGCCCCGAGGCAGGAGGGGAGGGUCGAGGUGGGUAUGGGCUUUGAGGUUGUGGAGGUUACCGAUGGACAUCGGUAUAUUAAGGGUUUUUGA